AGAUAAUUUUGUUGUGGUCAUGCUUCCAUGCAAUGCAUCUAUUAUCCGAGAUAACAAAAUUAUCUAAAAAAUGCCGAAAAUAAUAGAUGUUGUCAGAUAAUUUUGUUGUGAUCAUGCUUCCAUGCAAUGCAUCUAUUAUCUGAGAUAACAAAAUUAUCUAACAACAUCGACAUUUUUCCACAAGAAAAAGAACAACAGAAUGUAAGAAAAGACUUCCGUAUUUGCUCCGCACAUGGAUCUCUCCACCGCGACGCGUCUGAAACGUGUCGACGUGUGCACGUGCGCCACUCGAUUCCUCUCGUAUAAUUAUCCGCAUUCAAUUCAAUUUAUUGCAGCAAAUCUGUUUGAGAGAGAGAGAGAAUGGGUUUCCUCCGGGUGAAUGGUAAGAUCGACAAGGCCUUACUAUUUGUGGCAGUGAGUUUUUUGUUAGUUUUCAAUGGCAACAACACUCUGAUUGCACCAGUUGAUGGCAAGAGUAAACUCCACAUAGUUUAUUUGGGUGCGAAGCACAAUGAGGAUCCUGAGCGUUUAACCGAUUUACAUCAUGAUAUGCUGGCAUCAGUUGUUGGCAGCAAAGAAGCCGCCAUUGAAUCAAUGGUCUAUAGCUAUAAACACGGCUUCUCUGGCUUCGCAGCCAAGCUUACAGGAUCGCAAGCCAAGAAGAUUUCAGAGUGCUCUGGAGUUGUUCAUGUCAGGCCAAAUAGCUUUUACACACCGCAUACUACUAGGAGUUGGGAUUACCUAGGCAUCUCUUCUCAUUCCCCCACCAAUUUAAUGCAUGAGACCAACAUGGGAGAUGGGGUUAUCAUUGGCAUCAUUGACACUGGAAUAUGGCCAGAGUCAAAAAUGCUAAAAGAUGACGGGGUUGGGCCAAUCCCUACUCAUUGGAAGGGCAGAUGUGUUUCACGUUCAGAAGGCGACUUCAAUGCCACAACAGCCUGCAACAGAAAACUUAUAGGAGCAAAGAUGUUCAUAAAAGGAUUCAUUCAUGAGCAACCAUUCAAUAAAACAGAAUUUUUGGCCGUGGACUACUACUCUGCGAGAGAUGCAUAUGGACAUGGAACACACACUGCCACAACCGCUGCUGGUUCCUUUGUGGCCAAUGCAAGUUACAAAGGGCUUGCCCUAGGAGUUGUCCGAGGUGGUGCACCACGGGCUCAUUUGGCCGUGUACAAGGCAUGUUGGAGACGAAGUGGGCCAGAACCCAGUUGCACUGAUGCUGAUUUGCUUAAAGCUUUUGAUGAAGCAAUACAUGAUGGUGUAGAUGUAUUGUCGAUCUCUAUUGGCAGUGACGAUCCUAAUUUUAAGUUUGAAGAGGUUGGUAUGCACAAUGGGAUUGCCAUAGGCUCAUUCUAUGCUGUGGCCAAAGGUAUUACCGUUGUUUGUUCUGCAGGCAAUGCUGGACCUGCUCCUCAGACAGUGUCGAACGUGGCACCCUGGAUCAUAACUGUUGCAGCUACCACCAUGGACAGAUCCUUCCCCACGCCCAUCACGCUCGGAAAUAACAAAACUCUACUGGGGCAAGCCUUGUUUGUAGGAAAAGAGGUUGGUUUUGUUGGUUUGGUGCAUUUGGAAAGCUUAGAACCCUUCCAUACAGCAGAUGGUGCCUGCAAUUCCUUUAGAGUCGACAACAACACACUUGUGGAUGGAAAUGUAGCCAUUUACUUCAUAACGGAGAUCUGGCAAGAAUAUGUUGCUGCAUGUGCUGUUGCAAGGGCCCGCGGAGUCGGGUUGAUUAUUGCAAGGAAUCCUAGUAGUCCCUUGGUUAAUUGGAGUGAUGACUUCCCCUUCAUUGGAGUUGACUACGAACUUGGCACUGAGAUAAUGUCCUACAUUCGUUCCACAAGAUCUCCUAUUGUAAAACUGAGCCCUUCUAAGACACUGACGGGAAAGCCUGUAUCGACUAAAGUUGCUCCCUUCUCUUCUAGAGGACCCAAUGCCAUCGCUCCAACAAUUUUGAAGCCAGAUAUAGCCGCGCCUGGUGUGAAUAUAUUAGCAGCCAGUCCCGCAGGGGAUGGAGGAUUUGAUUUGAUGUGGGGGACAUCAAUGGCAGCUCCCCACAUUGCAGGCAUUGUGGCACUUCUAAAAUCAUUGCACCCUGAUUGGUCCCCUGCUGCAAUGAAAUCAGCACUAGUCACAACAGCAUGGAAGACUGAUCCAUUUGGAGAGCCAAUCUUUGUUGAAGGGGCAGGGCUGAAGCUUGCUGAUCCAUUUGACUAUGGAGGAGGAUUAGUGAACCCGAACAAGGCAGCUUACCCUGGUCUCAUAUACGAUAUGGGCACCAAUGACUACAUAAACCACCUUUGUGCGUUUGGCUACGACACCUCAACUGUUACUCUACUUGUUGAACAUGCCACGUCAUGUCCUGUUCCAAAGCCUUCAAUUCUUGAUGUGAACCUGCCUUCCAUCACCAUUCAAAACCUAAGAAAUCCUAUCACACUCACUCGAACCGUAACGAAUGUUGGUCCUGUCAGCUCAACGUAUAAAGCCCAAAUCGAGCCUCCACCAGGCAUCAAUGUAGUCGUCAGGCCAGAGACAUUGGUGUUCAACUCUACAGUUAAGAAACUCUGCUUCACAGUUGAGGUUUCCACCACCUACCGAGUGAACACAGCAUACUUUUUCGGAAGCCUGACAUGGACUGAUGGGGUGCAUGCUGUGACAAGUCCUAUAUCUGUGAGAACACAAAUCCUACGAUCCUAUACUGAUACCAAUUGAGCAGAUCAUAUAGUCAUCCAGUAAAUUGUAAUAGUAAUGGGAAUAUUUCGGAAGAUUAGGUCUACUUCCCCUCUGUUUUGUUGAUUUUGUAAUGCUUGUUGAAAAAUGUAUGAGGGAGUAUGAAUGCUUGAUGAACAACUAUGGACUCCAUAAAGGAGAAAUAAUCACGCAUAAGAUUGUAAAAGGCUUAAACAGUUGUUGAUGCUCAACUCAGUUAAAUCUGAGAGAGGUUGUAAGUGCGUAUUUAUAGUGAUGAUUUACAUCAGUAA